AUGGAUAAACAGCAGUUUGGGAAGGGGGUUGGUGUUUCAGUGAGCAUCGCAUCCAAAGAAACCCCUGGCAUGUUCAGCAGUAAGGCACUAUGGAUCGGAGCAUCAGAUUUCCUGUCAAAGUCGCUCGGUGACAUUGCUUGUUUGUGCACGGGGCAGAAGCCCCACUCCCUUGAUAGACAACCCAUGAGGAAAGAACUUCCUCGUUCUCGUGCCCUUACCAACGACCCCACCAACCCCACCAUAAGAGUGAAUGCGAACACCCAACGUGCUACGCAGUUAAGGGAUGCAAGUAACCGUAUAAUGUUCCGGCCUGUCAUCAUUGAUUCUCAUAAGACCGCAGAUGAUCUUGUUGGGAGUUCCAAAUCCCUAUCCCCACUCCUACUCUCGCCGAUGCUCGCGCUCUGA